GACGAAAAUUUCAAACUUGUUUCACGCACGAGAAGGGGAUGGUCUAAUUUUUUGAAAAAAACUUUGAUUUGAUUGAAUGAACCGACAAGGUGGCUCAAAAUUCCAUGCUGCUUACGUAACUACAUGCACCAAUCCCAAACCCGUCGGUUGAAAUCCCUACGUGUUUCCUCUCCAUUGGGUGAAACAUCAAGCUUUGUGCACCUUUGGUUCAACCUUUUUCAGAUAAAGCCGUAAACCCCUGAGCUUUCUACACGUUAUACUCGAAAGAGAGCAAACAUUCAGGAGUUCGCUUUGAUGCGAAACACAACCGUUAAAGAAAUAUGUCAUUGGAAGAAACACCGGGCUCACCGGAGAGUGACGUCACCAGCAUGAGUUUUGAGGAUACGGAGCUGACUUUGGGAUUGCCAGGGGAGGGACGAUCGCCGGCUGUUAUUUCCGGUGUUAAGUGCUCUGCAAAACGUGGGUUCAUUGAGACCGUUGAUCUUAAACUCGGGAGCUGUAGCAGCACGCCAAGUGGACGUGGUGACGCGCAUGUUAAUGAAGCCGGUGCCGGAAAACCUCCUCCUGCAAAGGCACAAGUUAUCGGUUGGCCACCGGUGAGAUCAUGUAGAAAGAAGGCUAUUAAUGACAGCUGCAAGUAUGUGAAGGUGGCCGUGGAUGGAGCACCCUAUCUCCGCAAAGCAAACCUAGGAGUUUACUCCAAUUACCACGACCUGAUGAAAGAUUUAGAGAAUUUGUUUACUUGCCGCAUUAUCCGUAAAGCAGAUAGGGAGGAAAGCAAGGUUAUGGAUGCGGUGAAGGGAAUGGAGUACGUGCCAACUUAUGAAGACAAAGACGGUGACUGGAUGUUAGUUGGAGAUGUUCCUUGGAAGAUGUUCAUAGAAUCUUGCAAGCGUAUUCGUUUGAUGAAAAGCUCAGAGGCUGCUGUUUUAGCACCAAAAGCUUCUCUAAAAUGCUCAGGCACAUGUUGAGUCAGAUAAAUCAGAUGUUUCUUUGAAUGUUGUAUCGUGUGAAGAGAAACGAGCCUCAAUAAUCAGAGAAAACAUCUUACUUCGUACUAUCUUUUGUUUCUGUUCUUUUUUUUUUCACUUUCCCUUUGCUGCUUUCCUCUUAACUCGGUGACCCAGCUUGUAAUUAUGUUAGACUAGUGCGGGUUAAUGCCCUCCAACAAUAAAUCCAGUUUCUGCCCUCUCUCUCUAACCAUUAAAAUUGUGUUAAUAAGCAGAAAUUUGACAAAGCAGGGUCAAAAGAGAUAGCAACGGCAGUCUUAAUUGACCAGAUGUUGUACUUGUCUUGUAUCUUGAGUGCAGCAGGCACUUUAUAAUAAAAGCAAUUACCCCUUAUCAAGGA